AAUAGGCGAGGUCACGAACCGCCAUAACAUGGUCGAAUAUAAACUUACAGCGUGUAAUUUAUUAAAAUGUCUGGUGUAGUUUGUCUUUUAUGGCCAUAUUCUUUUAUUUAUUCAACUGAUAUUUAAACAAAGUGUGAAAACAAGUGUAUUUGAAUUGUACAGAUCCAGAGACUGCCUGAGUAAGGCAAUAAUUAUUUGGGAAGAAUAAACUGCUGUAGUUUGAACUGUGAGGAUGGGGAAGCUGCUGUCAAAGAUAUUUGGGAACAAGGAGAUGAGAAUUCUCAUGCUGGGACUCGAUGCCGCAGGAAAAACCACUAUAUUGUACAAAUUGAAGCUCGGCCAGUCUGUAACCACUAUACCUACUGUAGGAUUCAACGUAGAAACUGUCAGCUAUAAAAAUGUAAAAUUCAGUGUAUGGGAUGUUGGAGGGCAAGACAAGAUUAGGCCAUUGUGGCGUCACUACUAUACCGGAACACAGGGACUUAUAUUUGUUGUAGAUUGUGCAGAUCGGGACAGAAUCGAUGAAGCGCGACAAGAAUUACAUAGAAUAAUCAAUGAUAGAGAAAUGAGAGAAUCAUUAGUACUUGUGUUCGCUAAUAAACAAGAUUUACCAGAUGCCAUGAAACCCCACGAAAUUCAGGAGAAACUAGGAUUAACACGUAUACGAGAUAGAAAUUGGUACGUUCAGCCAGCGUGUGCGACUACAGGAGACGGACUUUACGAAGGAUUAACCUGGUUAACGUCAAACUGUAAAUCUUGAUCAUACACGAUGUGUAAAUAGGAUAUAGUGUAUAUAUACAGUAAACUUUUAUACAUUCUAGACAGCGAGAAAGGAACAAGGAUGUUUGAAUGUUUUUUUUUACAGAGCUUCAAAGAAUAGAAUACUUACAGUAGAAUGCAACAUAUCUAAUCAAUUUUGAAGGGGCAUUUUACGUGUGAUACUUGGAGAUAAAGUCUGUGACCGUGUCGCAGUCUGAGCUUUUUCUGCCAUGGUGAUGUAUGCAUUUAUCACAUAAAUUCAGAAGGCGCUUUCUAGAUAGAUAUGGCUACAUUACAUUAUAUUCAUGAAGGCUUUGUGAAGGAGCUAACUUUUACAGAAGUAUCUGGUGAGCUGUACCGUUUCAAGAUUUGAAGUGGAGGAUUCAGAGCACAGUUUUGGUCACAGACUCUUUGGGAAAAAAAGUAAAAUGUUUGAUAAAGUGUUUUAAUGUCACAAACACUGAAAAUAGAAAUAUGAGCCAUGCCAUGAGAAAACCAACAUAGUGGCUAUGUGACCAGCAUGGAUCCAGACUGGUCAGGAUCCAUGCUGUUCGCUUUUAAAGCCUAUUGCAAUUAGAGAAACAGCUAGCGAACAGCAUGGAUCCUGAUCGCACAGGCUGGUCUGGAUCUAUGCUGGUCGCAAAGCCAUUAUGUUGGUUUUCUCAUGGCGCGGCUCAAUAUACAAGCAUUCCAAGUUAGGUAUGUUUGAGUGUAAGUUUUAAAUAUUUGGACAGAUGCAGAUUUGCUGUAUCUGCUAAGAAAUUAUAAGCUAAAUACAAUAGUUUAGCAUAAUUUCUAGAAUAGGUUCUUUUCACAGCCUUUCUGUGAUAUUAUUCUGUACUUGAAGACGAUCACAAUGUUUGAUAUUUUGCCUUCUGCGUUUUUUUCGGGUGUAAGAUCUUGCUUGUAAGUAAAUUUGUAUGUAUUUCAUUAGAGCAGCUUGAUAAAAAAACAUUCUAUUUGAAUUGAAUUUAUUAGUAUUCAAAUUUCAUGUACAAUUUCAUGGUUAAAAAAUAAAGACGUAUAUGCAGCAAUAUGCUUCAAAUUUUUGCCCUUUUUUUAUGGCAUUCGCGUUGACUUUUUACAUGGGAAAUAUAAGUGCUUGGCCUUUAAUAUAGAUAUUCGUUUCUUGCCCUUAAGUAUUGGCAGCGAUAUAUCUAAACCAACUCGUGAAACAUAAUUAUGUCUUUAAAAUGAAGAUUUAAGAGCUCUCUUCGGUUAUCAUAUCUCUCUGUCCGUAUGUAACAGAAUGCUUUUUAUAGAGAGUUACAUUUCUGGACGUAAAUUUUCUUCCUUUGGAUAUAUGUUGUCCAUACAUCAUCUAAGACCUGUAUGAAGAUUUUAUCACUUUUUAUAAAGUCUAGGUGGAAUUCAGGGGUUAGGAUUGUACAUUCAGUUUAAAAAAGAAAUUGUUCAGUUGUAAAUAAUGUUUUUCUUGACAAAUAAAUUUGGUCAGUACGAUAUGGUAGAUGUAAGUGUGGGAUGAGGAUUAAUUUAUUAUUUUAAAUGCAACAAAAAAAUAAAGCUAAUUACAGUAAUGUUUUAUUAUUAAGCAGGCACCCUGCUUUUAUUAAAUUGGGCAAGCUUGCUUUAGUGCUUUAGACAUAUUCUUUCUUUCUUUCUUAGAUAUCGAACUCAAAAACAGUAGUAAUUUGUAAGAAAUAUUGUCAGACUGGUUUUGAAAUUUGAUUUUAUUACAUAUAUAAGGUUGCAUUAGUUGGAUUUGGGAACAGUAUACAUGAUAUAUAUUCAUGCAUGUUAAUGCUUUUAGAUAAAAGAUCUAAAUUUAGUAAGUUAAGUCUUAAUAAAAAUGGCAAAAAGCUAAAUGGGUCUAUAUGCUUGUUGAGUGAGAAAAUGGGGGAGAUGAGUGUGAAUUGUUUCUCUUCUGAAGUGCUCUCCAAAUGUUACAUCAUGCCUUUGAUUUGUAAGGUUAAGAGAGAAAGAGACGUGGUUGCUUGCAUUAUUAUACACUACAUAUAUUUAAGACAUUUGUCUGUAAAAGUUCUAACUUUUUAUUGCAAGUACAGAAAAGUUUCUAAAGUGUACUUUAGUCUGUCUGAAAUGGUUUUUUUAAGCAUUAUACAUACAUCAAGUUGUAAUCACACUUUGUGUUUUAUAUGGCUUAUAAAUGGAUCACAAAUAUUAUUAACUUGAAAGAAAUUUUUGAUGUUCUGCACUCAGUAUGGAUUUACAUUAAUAAAUCAAGCAAUUGGAUUAGGCAGUUUUAGAGCAGUGUUUAGAAUUGUCUAGAGUUGAUUGCAAAACUCAAAAUAUACUGAUAAUUUUCAUUUGAGCCAUGCCAUGAGAAAACCAACAUAGUGGCUUUGCGACCAGCAUGGAUCCAGUCCAACCUGCACAUCCGGGCAGUCUGGUCAGGAUCCAUGCUGUUUGCCUUCAAAGCUUAAUGCAUUUGAGAGGCCGUUAGCGAGCAGCAUGGAUCCUGACCAGACUGCGCGGAUGCGCAGGCUGGACUGGAUCCAUGCUGGUCACAAAGCCACUAUGUUGGUUUUCUCAUGGCACGUUUCAUUUCUUUUUGAAGUUCUUUUGUAGUAAAUGUCUUUAAUAUUGAUAGUUGAAAAAUAUUUGAAUGUUGGAUUUUGAAUGUAUAUAUAUAUAUGUUGGUAUAAUUGUUAUAUGUGUAUAUUAAAAGAAUCAUUUUAUUUAAUUUUUAUGUAUUUACUGUAAACCAAUGAUGCAUUUAUUGUAUGCAUGUGUUCGUUAAUGUCUGUUUUUGUUGAAGAACCUGUUAAAUACUUCAAAAUGCUUGUUUUUCUCUCGGUUUUUUUUUUACCAGUUUAAUUUAGUUUGCAGUGAAAUAACAAAACAUUCAAACCAUUUUCAUUCAACGAUUAAAUAUACUGCUCAUGUCACAUAAACUAUCAUUUAUUAUCGUAAGUUUUUAAUCGGUCAUGUUAUUCACAAGUUUUCAAAUUGUAAUUGAAUUUGAACAUUGUAUUGGUGUAACCCCAUUAUAACUACUGAAAUAUAAGGUUUUUGUUAAACAAUGUGAAAUACAUUUAAGACUAGAGUGGACUUCCCCUUAAAUCAGCUUGUAUUUCAUAGAUGGGCCUCUUUGGCCGAGUGGUGUAGGUCAGACUUAAAUUCACUCGCACUUUAACUCUAUUGGUUUGAAAUAAUGUAAGAGGUAUCACCUCAGGUCAUCCUCCACAGUUAAAGCUAGAAAGUCACCAUUUUUUAGUUCCAAAUUAAAAAUAAUAACAUUUUAGAGGACUUUUAGCUACCAGUAUAAAUUGUAAAAUCUGGUUACACUUACCAGUCAUAUUUGAAAUAGUGCUGCUGUUUCAUUAAAGUUAACGGGUGACAUUCAAGGGAAAUAGUAACUAUGAAUUAUUGUGAUAUGUGAAAUAUGUUUGGUCUAUGACUUAUUUCUUGUUGUCGUUUGCGCUAUGACUUAUUUCAUCGACCGUGUAAAUCUAUUUAAGAGGAAACAAUUGCACGAGCAGUUAAUUUUUGCAAUGAAAACCAGUUAUCAUUUUGUAGUUUACUAUUUAUAGAUAUGAUAGAGAAUUGAUUUAGAAACAGUGUACUCAAGAAACUUGCAUUAAGUAAUUUAAACGCAACAAAGAUGUUAUAAGUGUUAAACCUUUUGUAAUGUUAAAAUUAAUUAGAAAAUCUAUAAUUAUAUAUAUGAUUUCAGUUCAAUUAGGUAUGUAAGAUAGGAACUCAAAUAAGGUAGCACUUUGUGGUCCUUACAAAUACCUUGACAUCAGCCAAAGGGUGUGUUAUUAAAAAAUAAUAUGACUUUUUUGUUGAGAAUAUUGUAGAAAGUAUAAAGAUGAAAUUUUAAUUGUAAAUUGAUCAUUUUCUCCAGAGGUGAGAAGAAAUAUUCUUAUGAAUUCUUUAUUUUAGUAAGAAUCCACUAAUGGUCAGUCGAAUCAAUACACUUCAUGUCUGUGUUAUUCUUAUUUAUAUUGCUUGUGUGAAUGGCUUUUCAUUUCACUGCUUGCUUAUGUAUUAUUAUGCUCCUAAAGGGGAUAAAGAAACAGUACCAUAGUCAUACACAUACUUAACUAUGUACCUGUUAAGGGAUAUAAAAAUGGCACAUCUAGUAUAUGCAAUAGAUAGGCACUUGCUUGCUUCAGAUACUUACUUGCUUCAUUCAGUAGUAUAUGGGGCAUGAUUGUAGUAGUAUAUUUAUUUUAUUUUGAAAAAAAGGAACUGUUAACAAAAACAACUAUGUGUUAACAAAAACAACUAUGUAUUAACAAAAAUAAUUUUAUGAUUUGUCAUGCAUUGUUCAGUGCAUUUCUAAAUUACUCACUACAUAAGCAUCAGUAUGACUAGGAUAUAUUUUUUCUAAGACUGAUCAUGUUCAUAUUUUUUUUAAACAGGCAAGAAGUAUCUGAAAACUUCAUCAGGAUGUUCAUUGUUUUCUUAUUUUCAGAGAUAAGUUAACUUUCUUUAACAUGCUUUAUUCAUGUGUGGUGGAAGUGCCAUUGAGGUGAUUAAACACCUUUCUAAAAUGAAGCAACAAUGAGUUAUUUAGGUCAGUAAGGUGUCACAAAGAAAACUUGAGAAUUGUAGUCCAAUUGUAUUCAUGUUAACCAUCAAAGUGUUUGUUUUAGGUCCUAAACUUUUAGUUUUUAUGUAAAAGGGAAGGGACAUUGAUAUUUUCAGUCCUGAAAAUGGUAUUUCAAGACUAUCUGUAAAUUCGCAGGAUAUUUCUUUUAUUAUGUGUUUAAAUAAUUGUUGCCUUGGUGUAAAUUUCUUUCUUAUUGAUAUUUUUCGUAAAUACUAGUAUUUAGCAUAGAUUUAAAAAUUCUGCUUGAAUAUAAGUGCAAAUUUUUGGUGUAUUUUUACGUUUUGUUGAACUUGAAAAGUGUUUGUAUAUUUUCUGAACUUUUUAAGGGUAUUUAAUGAAUUGUAGUCCUUUUUGUAGCUGUUAUUGUUGUAUUACAUAAGUUUUGAUAUAUGAGCCGCGCCAUGAGAAAACCAACAUAGUGGGUUUGCGACCAGCAUGGAUCCAGACCAGCCUGCGCAUCCGCGCAGUCUGGUCAGGAUCCAUGCUGUUCGCUUUCAAAGUCUAUUGCAAUUAGAGAAACUGUUAGCGAACAGCAUGGAUCCUGACCAGACUGCGCGGAUGCGCAGGCUGGUCUGGAUCCAUGCUGGUCCCAAACCUACUAUGUUGGUUUUCUCAUGGCACGGCUCAUAUGGAGGCAUCGGACAUCAAAGAAAUCUCAUACACUGUUUAAUAAUAUAAAUAAUAGGCAUAUUUGUCAGUUCUCUGUGUUGCACCUACUCUUUGUUGAUCCAAUUAGAGGACUUAUUGCUGUUCCAAAUAAUUGGUGAAAAUUUAAUACACAUUUCAGAUAAAAGAUGUUUUUGGUAAUCACUGUAUUUUGUCGAAAAUAUAGAAACUGCAGUAAAUAAAGAAGGAAAGUAAGGACUUUAUGUGUGUAAAUUUCAUGAUAUAUAAGAUAUUUCUGUUUUUUUUAUCUGUGUUGUUUCAGAGUGUUAACACUGACGUUCAUGUACCAUUUUGUAAAUUAUACCCAGAAGUUCAAGUUUAAAUUAUUACACAUUAAUCAUUUUACAUUGUGUGAAAUGAACAAACGUUUGCUUUGGGUUGUAUGAUAACUUUGAGGAAUUGUGCUCACUUUGUCGUAUUCUUCACAAGUUUUUACCUUACAGGGAUACCUCAUAAAUUUGAUGUAUGCUAGAGGUUUUUUUUAACCCUUACCCUGUUAAAUUUCUAUAAUAAACUUUUCCGUCUUUCAGUUUGGAUGGUACCAUUAACUGUUAAAAGGGGUGUAUACCAAAAAAGAUACCGACUGAAUGGCGAACAGUGCAGAUCAUGAUCAGACUGCAUGCAUGUACAGGCUGAUCAUGAUCUACACUUGUCGCAAAGGCAGUAUUAAUCGUGUCCAGCAUGAUAAGGGUUAAACCCCCAGAUACAAAAGUAUAUUGGGACUAGAUUGGAGUAAAGCAAGUCAAUUGGUCAGUCCAAUUGUAAUUCUUUUCCUUCUUUUAUGGAUUUUCAAAUAAUUCCACAUUAAAGUAAACUUACCAUAAAGCAACAAUGUACAAACAUGACCCUGAUUAUCACUAGGUCCAAAUUCACACUUGGAAGUAAAAAGUGGAAAAGUUAUCCUUUGUGUCCAAUCCAUAUCUUUUAAACUGCAAUAAGGGUUUUCCCAAAAAAACAACAACAACAAAACUAGCAGCAAUUGUUUCCAUCACCAGUAUGCAGAACGCACAACCCAGGUUACUAGGUCCAGGUCAGUGUGACACUUGAGGUAAAAGUCAGUGGGUCCAUCAGUCAGUCCUUCCUUUCAUCAGAGCGUUGUCAGGGGGUAUUAAUCACCUUUAGUGAUAGCUCUAGUAUGUUUAAAAAUUGAAGAACUGAUAGUUCAGGCUUGAUUAAUACAUAUUUUGCAGUUCUUGAUUUUCAAAACACAAUAGAUUUAUGUUGCUCUUUGAGCAAAGUAUUUGUGUCACAGUAUAUUAUUGAAUUCAAAUUCUUUUCUUUCCCAAGUAAGUUACUCAUUGUAAAGCAGACUAAACCAUUCUUUCAUGCACAAUGAACUGAUCAGAUAAUGAAUUCAUGUUGCAAAUUAUUUUUAAUAAUCUGUGAAAUCACUAAUCAUAAUCAUAAUCUGUGAAAUUAACAUGGAAACAUAUCAGUGGCACAGUAGUUAACAGGUAAACUACAACACUGAUGAUAUUUGUUUGACUUUCGGUCAUAGCUGAUAUCGUAGCUAGCGUUCAGUACUGGAUAGUUUGCUUAAAUUGAUACCAUUUUCCAGUAGUAUCGGCCUAGACGGGAUGCUUGGGAGAUAAUCACGACACCUGACUGGAAAUAAGUUGUUCCAUCCAUUCCAGUUAGAGACAUCUGUUGACUACUUGCACUAAAUAAGAAACCAACUGCUGUAAAAAUGACUGAAAUAAUUAACAAGUCUCUCUUCAGAAGUUAUAGGGGUUUAGGUAAAUACUUUCUCAGAAAGCUGUAUAGAGUCGGAAUAUGCUGCCAAUAAAUACAUUUAUUUUAAAAGCAUAGAGACAUUUACCUUCGAGAAAAAAAAAAAAGCUAGCUUAGCAUUUUUUAAGCAUUAUAAAGUACCAGUGCUUACAACAACUUACAUGGAUCUAGAGCAUGGCAAAAUUUCCGAAGAAAAACAAAGGAUUGAAGUUUCUGAAGUACAACAAGUUAAGACUAGGAAAUGUCAGGCCGAGGUUGUCAUAUAGCAUACCUAUGUUCAGAGACUGAAUCUUUUGAGGGACAGUUCUGUAUAAACUGUUUCAUACUCUGUGAACGUUUUUAGUGCACACUGAUUCCAAAUGUGACUGUAUCUAGACAGAUAAGACUUUAUACUGCAAAAAAACCAAACAUAUUCUUUCGAAUUUUUGGUCUUGCGCCAAUAUUUAAUUGUAAGAGGGAGUCUGAUGUUUAACUAGACUUUGUCAUCUUUGUGAGUCGAAAGGGGUGUGUUUUCAAUUUUAACUGUAUAUAUGGUAUAUACAGGGUCCUUUCAAAUCCAAAUACAUGUUCUUAAAACCUUUCAAAGAUUUUUUUUCAAGUAAGUAAUUUUUUUAGGUGAAUACAUUUGAUAUGUGUCAUAAUCGGCCGUUAGUUCGUCAUAAUUAGACAUGCAUUUAUAUAAACUCUGUAACAUUUAUUUAUUUCACUCAUUUAAUCAGUUUUAUUGAUAAUUAUAGAAAACAGUAGGGUUUUCUGUUUCUAGAUGAUUUUUUAAAAUUAUUCUCUUCUAUUUGGAUAAAUCAGCUUGUGCAAGUCUGUUUCACGUGAAUGCCAAAGUUGAUAUUUCGCCAAUUUUCAAGUACUUUUUUUUAUAUGUUAAUGAUUACCGUCUUGUUUUUAGAAAACUGGUGCAAAAAAAAUCUUGUCAUGUAAGUUGUACCAUCAAUAUGAAUCUGUACUCUUCUAUUGUUAAUAUAUGCAAAUAAAGAACCAGAUAUAAAAUUUA